CGUGCCCAAGCGCAUGUCUUGAUUGUUCCUUAGCAAAUGGUCCGAAUGGCAAAGUACAAUGUAACAGCUGUCUUCCAGGAUUUGUACUUGAUAAUGGUAAUUGUGUUAAGACUUGUUCCCCUGGAAAAGUUGUUAAUCCAAAAGAUAAUUUAAAUUGCAUAGCAUGUGAUAGUUCUUGUUCAACUUGCAGUGGACCUUCAGCAUCAGAAUGUCUAACAUGUUCAAAUACAAAUCAAUUUGCGUUGAAUGGAGUCUGUUCAUCAACAAAAUGUCCAUCAUCAUAUUUCACCAAAGGUACAUCCUGCAUUAAAUGUCAUCCUGACUGUGCAGAGUGUUCCGGUUCAGAUUUUAAUCAAUGCACAAAAUGUCCAUCAACUCGUCCAAUAUUAACAUCUGGAGGUCAAUGUGUUGAAAGUUGCCCGGCUGGUAGUUAUACUGAUAGUACAGGAACAUGUAAAACAUGUAAUUCUGAUUGUUUUUCAUGUGUUGGACCACGUUCUGAUCAAUGUCUUGGAUGUGCCGAUCGAUCAAAAGUUUUGAUAAAUGGUACUUGUAGUGGAACAUGUCCAACUGGUAGUAAAAUGAUAGAAGCUGAAAGAUUAUGUUAUAAUCUACAAACCAAUACUAUCGUUACACCUGAACCAAUCUCUAAUCCGAAUGCAACACCAAAAACAAAUGAAUUUAGAGAGAAUUUAGAUGAAAAUAAUGUGAUCAAAAAUAUGAGAAAUCUUCAAAAUUCUCUAAAUUCUCAGAAUUUACCUAAUUUACCUGAAAUGGUAUUUUCAGAAACUACUGUGAGAAUUUUUGAUAAUGUACCUCCUCCGCCUGAAUAUGAUAUUAAAGCAGGAAAAUUAUAUUGGAAGAGAAUGAAUAAAAAGAACAAUAGUGAUUUAUCUAGUGAAGAUUAUGCAAAGUGGAAAUUAGCUGAAAAAAGUAGGAGUCGUCGUAAUGAUGAUUGGGAUGGAUUUGUGAUGGCAGUUCCUGGUGGAUAUUCAGCUCCUAAUGGUGGUAGUGAAUGUGAUAAAUAUGUUUAUUAUAAUAAUCAACAUGAUGUAGAAAGGGUGGAUUAUAGAGAUAGUCAAGGUUCUGUCAGAUCAAAUCUUAAUGAUUUAAGCCGACAAAAUACAUUACCCGCGAAAAGAGGAUCAAAUUGGGGUGAAAAUUGGGUUUAG